AUGCAGAGUUUGCAGCCAGACCCCAAGGCUCAGUACAAAGGCGUCAUGGAGGCUCUGAAGAGGAUGGUCAGAACAGAGGGCUUAUUCACCCCGUUGAGGGGAAUUAAUGUAACCAUGCUUGGAGCCGGACCGGCACAUGCACUCUACUUUGCGUGCUAUGAGAAGAUGAAAACCACUGUAGGAUCCAUGAUUAACCAUGUUGGCAACAGUCACUUGGCUAAUGGGGUGGCGGGAAGUCUGGCAACUGUGCUGCAUGAUGCUGUCAUGAACCCAGCUGAAGUGGUCAAGCAACGAAUGCAAAUGUACAACUCCCCCUACAGGAGCAUGCUGCAUUGCAUUCACUCUGUAAACAAGACGGAAGGAGUUGGAGCUUUCUACCGCAGCUACACCACCCAAUUGUUCAUGAACAUCCCUUUCCAAGCCAUUCACUUCAUCACCUAUGAAUUCACACAGGAACAGCUGAACCCACAGCGCCAGUAUCAUCCAGGCUCGCAUAUCAUCUCAGGUGCCAUUGCUGGAGCAGUAGCAGCUGCUGCCACCACACCACUGGACGUGUGCAAAACCUUAUUGAACACCCAAGAAAACACUGCCCUCAGUUCUGUUCACAUCAAUGGACACCUGUCUGGUAUGGCCAAUGCCAUAAGGACGGUAUACCAAAUUGGAGGCCUAGGAGGCUACUUCAAGGGAGUGCAGGCCAGAGUCAUUUAUCAAAUGCCUUCUACAGCCAUUGCCUGGUCUGUAUAUGAAUUCUUCAAGUACUUUCUUUCCAAUCGUUAA